GGACCCAGUGGCAGUCGGCUGAUUGCCAUUUUUAUCCUCUACCAAUCCCCUUUCGGUCCGAAAUCUCCUUUAUAUAAUUAUACUGGGCCAAAGAGUAAUAACUCAGGCAGCGCUCGGAAGCAGCAGCUUUUGUGGUGUUAAGUGCUCCGCUUGGAGACAAAGAAAAAGAUGGCCUCUCCAAGGACAAUCACCAUCGUAGCCCUUUCCUUGGCCCUUGGCUUGUUUUUUGUAUUUAUGGGCACGAUCAAGCUCACACCGAGACUAAGCAAAGAUGCAUACAGUGAGAUGAAACGGGCAUACAAGAGCUAUGCCAAGGCUUUGCCAGGCCUGAAGAAGGUGGGCAUCAGCUCAGUACUGCUGCGCAAGGUCAUUGGAACACUGGAGGUGGCCUGUGGGAUAGUAAUGACGCUGGUUCCCGGGAAGCCCAAGGACAUGGCCAACUUCCUGCUGCUGCUAGUCAUGCUGGUGGUGCUGUUUUUUCACCAGCUGGUGGGUGACCCCCUGAAACGCUACGCCCACGCCCUGGUCUUUGGCAUCCUUCUUACCUGUCGCCUCCUGGUGGCCCGGCAGAAUGAGGACCAGCCCGAAGGAGAGGAGAGCAGGGAGCAGCUGGUCAACAAUCAGGAGAAAAAUAAAGUAAAAUUGUCGUAAAUCAAGCACAGGAACAUGGCCACGGCACGAGAAAGUUGGAGAGUAACUUCAGUUGACAGAGAUUCUAAACUAGUGAGAGAGGAAAAAAAAUCCAAGUAAUGGCCACUUGUUGCAAAAUUUUUUGAUCCAGAAUGCUUGCCAUCUGGUGGUCAGAUUACGUUAAACAAUUCCCUCCAUUCUGUUAUUCCAAGCACCAUAUCCUUUGACCUUAACCUGGUGUCUCUGCACUACCUUUGGAGGAAAACAUCAUUUCUGGGGAAAGUUACAGUCUGUGUUGUUAAAUUUCUUUAUUCAAUUAAAAUUUUAAAAUUGACACACCAUGUAAGUUCACACAAAAAUGAUUCUUGGAAUAUGUUGCUUUGUGGUUUAUGUGAUGUUUUUAAACAUUAUGUUCUUUUUAGUAUUUUUAUAUUAAGAAGGUAAACUGUAUUGCUCAGUUUACAAAGGAAAAAUAGUUAGUCUUAAUAGUCUUAAUUUUUACCACUGAGGCUUGCAAUAGAUGUAGGUUAAACUGUCUCAAUGUGUGUCAUGAAUUGGGUGCCCGGACAAGUAUGUGGAAAGAAGAUGAAUUUUUAUGUAUUCUUUUUGCUAUAUCAUUUGCAGGCAUCACAUAAUGAAUGACCAAUUGUGUUUGCAUUUAUUUCAGUAGGCUCUCCAUUUUAUGAGUGAAAAUGCUACAUUAUGUUAUAGGGCAGAGUUCUGUCUUUCUUAAAGGGCAAAGCCAUUUUGACAAUUUUCUGACUUUUUUGUCAUUUUUCUUGCCAUACUUAAUGAUAGUUAUCUCUAAAACAACUUAACUUUAGACUUUAUUUGUUUAUGUGACUGAAGAAACAAAUUAGUCCAGAGAUAAUAGGUCACAAAUAAUGUAUUGUGUGUGUUUUACUCUUCUAUCCAUGUAUUUAUCAGUACGAUCUUAUCGGGAUCUUUGUUUUUUGAAAGUACUGUAAAUUCGGAAAAAUGGUUAUUGUUUGAGGUAUUUAUUUAUUUCGUGCAGGAUGUUUCAGACCAAUAGGGGCGCAAUUGGUCUUAAGAUUUGAGUUGUUGCUGUGGAUCGUGAAAUCCAUUGUUAAGGCAAACUUUACAAUUCCGCAUCAAACAUGUCAUAUUUGCACUGCUUUGGGUAAUUAACAUGAAACCAAACUCAGGUUUAAAGGAGAUGACGCAAUAUCAACCUUAGUAGGAAAACCUGACGGGUGUACUACGAAGUAGGUUUAUUGGUGAGGUUUUUGAGGCAUUUGGGUACUACUAUCGUACGCUGCCUUAUGUUUACCUGCAGCCUUUGGGAUAAAACUGUCGUAAGUUUCUGAGCGGGGCGGGUAUUAUUAUUAGUUUGCAGUGUCGACCUCCCCCUUAAUUUAAUGUCAAAGUGUCCAGACAAACCCCUCGCCAGUUUUUUUUUAUAGUUAAAGUUAGCCAGGGGCAUCUAAAGUUCGCUUCGUAGCACACCCCACUGUUCCGUUGACUCCGGGAUUCUUCUGACACUAUCCUUUUGACAACGUGGUACAAAAUUAGACAAAAAUAAAUAUUUAGAUAAAAUAUGCAUUUUGUUUCCCUGUUUGUUUUAAUAAAGCUAAGAGUCGAAAAUAA